CGUUCACUAAAGAUUCUAAAUACAUGCGGUGACUAUCGACCGAAUGUUUCUCUUAGAAAAUAUUAAAAUAAAGUAAUAUAAAUAAAUAAAAAGAAAUAUUACCGUUCUUCCUAAACACACUUAAGCACUAAUUAAUCACCUCAUUAUAUAUACACUAAUCCCACAUAAUUUUUGCUAAUCGUCAUUAGGCUCGGUUGAUCACAUUUAUAUGGCCAGCCGUAUCGGUCAUUCAAAGCUACUACUGAAUCUUCCCGUUUUCUCCCGCCGCCUGAACACCGCCGCAUCUCCGUCAACCACCGCCGCCGCCGCCACCGUGCCGCAGGCGAAUUUCACCGGAGAUCCCAACCCCUUCGACACCAAAUCAACAGCCGAUGAUCCAACGGAUCUGUUCUCGUCAACAGUCACGAUCCGCCUGAACACCGCCGCACCUCCGUUCAUCACCGCCGCCGUCCCGCAGCCGAAUUUCAUCAAAAUCCCCAAAACUCCGGUCAGCCUCGAUGAUCCUGAGGAGCUUCCACCGGUCAAAUCGAUUGACCCGACCACCGCCGGCUCCGGCGGCGGCUCCGGCGGCGGCGCCGCCGUCGCCGGCGGCGAACCUCCGAUCAACCUCGACGAUCCGAGGGAAUUAUUCUCGUCGGUUCCGACUUCGAAGCUGAUAAAAUCGACGGUGACUCUACACAUGGCGUCGAUGGAUAGCAUGGUGGAUAUGGGUUCGUGGGUGUUGAAAUCGGGUUUGAUGCAAAACCCGAUUUCGAAGGGGUUGGUUUUGGGUUCGAUUAAGCACACGUUUUACGAGCAUUUCUGUGGCGGGAAAGAUUUGAAGGAGGCCGACAACACCGUGAAGAGAAUAUGGGAUGAUUACGGGCUUAGGGCAAUGCUCGAUUACGGAAUGGAGCACGCCCUCGAUAACGGGUCGUGCGACUCGAAUUUGGACGAGUUCAUUCAAACGAUUCAAUCGGCCACUCACUCGCCAACUUCACCCGUUAGCUUUGUAGUGGUGAAGAUUACAGCAAUUUGCCCUCCAAGUUUGCUCAAGAGAGUGAGUGAUCUACUAAGAUGGGAGCACAAGGACAAGUCAAUGCAUCUCCCGUGGAAGCGCGAAAGUUUCCCGAUUUUCUCCGAUUCAACCGCACUUUAUCACACGCCACAAAUGCCACCACCACUAACCCCAAAAGAAGAAAACGAUCUCGAUCUAGCCUACAAAAGACUAGUCAAGAUUUGCGAUAAAAGCUUGGAAGCAAAUCUCCCCAUGCUAAUCGAUGCAGAGGACACACUAAUCCAACCCGCGAUCGACUAUUUCGCGUACUGUGCCGCAAUUAAGUACCGUAGGGCCCACAACAUCCCUUUGAUCUUCAACACGAUCCAAGCGUAUCUCAAGGACGCGAGAGAGAGGCUCGUGAUUGCGAAGAUAUCCGCCAACAAAAUGGGGGUCCCGCUGGGGGUUAAGUUGGUUAGGGGGGCCUACAUGUCGAGCGAGAGGAAAUUGGCAUUCUUCGUGGGGGCCGAGUCCCCCAUCCACGAGACUAUACAAGAUACUCAUGCUUGCUUCAAUAGUUGCGCUUCUUUUAUGCUCGAGGAGAUUGCUAAGGGCUCCGGUUCUUUGGUUCUUGCUACCCACAAUAUUGAAUCGGGCAAAUUGGCAGCUGCUAAAGCAGUUGAAUUAGGGCUAGAAAAGGACAACGAAAACCUCGAAUUUGCUCAGCUGUACGGAAUGGCACAAGCGCUUUCGUUUGGUCUGAGAAAUGCGGGUUUUAAGGUUAGUAAAUACGUCCCGUUUGGACCUGUGGAGCAAAUUAUGCCUUAUCUUUUGAGGAGGGCUGAGGAGAAUAGAGGUCUUCUGUCUACUUCUUCUCUUGACAGACAACUCAUGAGGUAAUAAAAAUUAUAUAGAAUCUCGUUUUUUUAGCGAUUCGAUUAAGUUUAAUUCCGGGGUUAGAU